GGGGGUCCAGGAUCGUCACUGUGGUCCCACAUGACACCAGAGUGGUUCUUCAGAUGCCACGUGGAAAUCUUGAGACGGUGCAUCAUCGUGUGCUGUUGUUGGCUCAGCUCAGUCAAUGGUUGGACAGUACCUGGACUGCCUUUGGGCCCAGAUUCAGAAGCUAAACAAAGACCGCUGGCAGGAGCGCCACAUCCUUCGUCCAUACAUUGCCUUUGACAGCGUGCUGUGUAAGGCUCUGCAACACAACCUGCCACCCUUCACCCCACCAGGGCACAUGCCAGACGCCCAGUACCCUAUGCCACGGGUCGUCUUCCGUAUGUUCGACUACACGGAUGCCCCUGAGGGUCCUGUCAUGCCUGGCAGCCAUUCAGUGGAGAGAUUUGUCAUAGAAGAAAACCUGCAUUGCAUCAUCAAAACUCACUGGAGAGAGAGGAAAACAUGUGCUGCCCAGUUACUGAGUUACCCAGGGAAAAACAAGAUUCCUCUCAACUAUCACAUUGUGGACGUAAACAUGUUUUUUAAAGCUACAUCUGGAGAUGUGAGGACAAUACCAAAUAAAAGUAAGGAUUUAAAAGUUUGUGUUUGUGUUUCUCUUAGUUCACAAAAAUGUGUUCUUGCUGCCUUACAGAUGAUCUCAGUGUUGGUGGACAAAAUGAUCCGGACACAGAUUGUUGACUGCGCUGCAGUUGCUAACUGGCUCUUCUCUCAGGACAUGGCUCAUGAAGUCACCAGACUUUUCAUUUGGGAGAUUCUUCACUCAACCAUCCGUAAGAUGAACAAACACGUGCAGAAGAUCCAGAAAAAGCUGGAGGAGGCCAAAGACAAACUGGAGGAACAGCAGCACAAGAGGCAGAGGGACAGUGGCGAUAAUGAAGACAUGGAGAAAAACAGCGAAGAUGAGGAGGGUCAGCUGGAGGAGCAGAUCGAGAGGCUACAGGAGAAGGUGGAGUCGGCUCAGAGUGAGCAGAAGAACCUUUUCCUCGUCAUCUUCCAGCGUUUCAUGUUGCUGACGGAGCAUCUGGUUCGCUGUGAGACGGGCAGUGUCAACAUCAGCACGCCCUGGUACAAAAACUGCAUUGAGCGGCUGCAGCAGAUCUUCCUCAUGCACCAUGUCACCAUCCAGCAGUACAUGGGAACCCUGGAGAACCUGCUGUUCACGGCCGAGCUUGACCACCACAUCCUCGCCGUCUACCAGCAGUUCUGUGCCCUGCAGCUCUGAGGCAGACACUCCGACACACAUGUAAUUGGAUGAAUUAAAUCCUGUACUCGUGCUCUCACAGUACCUGUGCUAAACAAACUCAUCAGAAAGUACCAACUCUUGCAUCAAGAAUCUCCUGUUUUUUUUUUUUCUCCUUUCCUUGUUUUUGUGUUUUGGUGCCAUUCAAAGUGUUUCUGUACAACAUCAACCAAGAACAUUUUUCAACGUAGGAAUUUAAACUCCAGUAAUUUUGAGUAUUUGCUGUAGUGUCUAUUUUUGUUCUUUUUCCCACCCUGUUAGUGUUCUUAUGAAUGGGUCUUUUUAAAACAGUGGUAGAGACGACACAAAGACGUUUCAAGUUGUAACAGAUUAAUUCUGGAACUGGAGAGCGCUCUACUUUUUUAUAUUUGUUUGAUGUGGAAUUGGGAAAGAAUUAAAACUCUUCGGAGU